GUCCGCACCGAAACGUGCGAGCAAUGGCAACGUGGGAAACACCGGCGAGCCUGCCAACCGUCGCCCAAACGUGCCGCUCCUUCCGGCGAGCCGAACCCCAACCAAACCGCAACCGCCUCCUCCACCUCCUCCCUACAUAUCCCCACGCGGCAGCGUCGUCCAUUCCAAGUUUCCAGCCAUUGCAGCUCCACCACGCGGUCAACAGAGCGAACAUCACAUCCGGAACCAGAGCUCGCAGAGUUGUCCAGAUCCACCUCGCGAUUCCAUUUCUUGCACACGGCACACCCAUGGCUGUCGCCGGAGGAAUGGCGCUGAGCCUGCGCGUCCCGUCGUCUUCGGCGUCGCCGGCGGUGGGGCGGCGCCAGCGGGCAGCGGUGAGGUGCGGGGCGACGCGGGCGAGGCCGGCCGUCCCGGGCGGGGGGCUGGAGGAGGACCACUACCGGACGCUGAGGCUCGCGCCGGGGGCCUCCAGGGGCGAGGUCAAGAGGGCCUUCCGCCGCCUCGCGCUGCAGUACCACCCGGACGUCGUGCGGGACGGCCACCAAGACGACGACGGCGUGGACUUCCAGCGGAUCAACGCGGCGUACCAGAGGGUGAUGAGCAACAUACGGGAGACGGAGGCGAGGCUCGAGUACUGGCGCCGCCGCUACGGCCUCGCCGACGAGGACCUCGACCGCUACCGACACUACCUCAACGACGAGGACGAGGACGACUGGUUCGCAGACCUGUGAAACGGACGCGAUGCCUUCCAUGGCAGAGGCAGCGGCACGUAGUUUAAUUUGUGCAAUGUCACCCUCUGCUUCUCUCCCCUGUUUUAUUGUGGAGGGGAGCUGGCGAUGUAGUAGAAAUCCAGGGCUUUAGCGAUUGUAAUUCGAACAUGUCCAUUCCCAUUCCACUCCAUUGUGAAUAUGAAACCGUCGGAGGAAUUAAUUAAA